UCGUGCAUUUUUAUUAUAUUAUAUUUAAUGUGCGCUAUUCGCCGCUGUUGUGUGUUUUGUAUGUGUCAACUACUAAAUUAUUUUAUACAGUACAGGUAGCGGCUGGCCAGCAGAGCACCGACAAACUAAUGAUUACUUUUGGACAACAUUUUGCCAUAUCAUUGGCUACUCAACAGCACAAGAAUAAAAAUGAACAGGAACACCAACAAGAUCAUCAAAAUGAACAAGAUACAGCACCAGGCGGAGUUAAUAUUCUAUUGGGAGGGGUUAUGAUGAGUAGCAUGAUAUUAUUUAUUUUAUGGAUGUGUUAUUGUUGUCGAUGGAAAGACAACAAGUUUGAUACAACAACAUGCGAUGAACAACCACAACCUUUUUGGAUUGAUGUUAAUUCAAACACUUACUAUGAAGCACUACAAUGGUCUUUACAACAAGAAUGUUGUGAAAUACCAGAAACAUAUUGUUCACCAGAGACCAUGCAGGAAACACCACCAAGAUACGAAACCGUAAUCACACCACCACCUGGAUAUGAGGAUGUGAUGAGAGAUAAUUACAAAAAGAAAAAAUCUUUAUCGGAUGUCACAGAAAAUAAUAGGAUGCAUACCAUUUGACCACAAUUGUUUAAAGCUUAUAUGUAUCCACAUAUAUACUUGCAUUAAAUUAAUUACACUAGGAAUUACAGGGAAGUAGAAAAUCAAAACAGAUCUGUUCAAGUUUUGUACAAUUUUACUUUGUUUUUUUGUAAAAAUAUAUUAUACAUUUUACUUAUAAAUUAAAGUUAUUAGACGAAAUUUGGUAUGAUGUGCUUUAGUAUAAAAAAAUACCAUUAACAAUUUGCUUUUUUCCAAAGUUGUCAUAUUAUCAAGAUUUUAGAAUUCUUCAUAUUAAAUUGUUUUGCAUA